AUGAUGGCCUCGAAUGGGUUUAUACUCGGGUUCAACUCACCUUCGGCAGUAUGCGCCGCGAAUAACCAGGUUCUUUGUGGUGUGGGAGGUGGCGUCGUCAUUAGGCGUGGCAGUGAUUCGGCUCAAUGGGUUCCCGGGGAUGGAAAGUACCCUAUCGGCAAGCUCGCCUAUUCACCCGCUUUGCGUCUGCUCUGUGUGACAGAGGUGAGACUAAAUGUGACACUCCAUGCUUUCCGCUACCCAGAGUACAAUCGUGUGCACAAAGUGGAGAAUUUUGCCAGAGUAGAUGUAGAGGAUAUGCUGUUUUCACCGAAUGGUCAGGUGCUGGCCGUCUUGACGUGCAUGCCGUCCGUCUGUGUUUCACUCUUCUCGGUUCAGCGAGGGCGAUCUUUUGAGAAGUGUGCAUCAGUGGACUUGACCGACAAGUUUUGGAGGCGUCUGGUAUUCUCGCCUCAGCGUGCUGACUGCCUGGCUGUGCUUGAGUCUCGCGAGGUUGCUGUUGUUAGCCAUUUGUCGUUGCCAGGAUCUGUCCCCAGUAUUCUCACAUUGGGUUCACCCGAUCAUGAGUUGCACUCCUUCUCCUGGGGUGCGUGUGGCGUGCUUUGCGGUGCGGCCCAAGGUAAGGUUGUCCUUUUUGACGAACUCAAAAUGGAAGUGCGGGAGUAUCUCACCUGCCCAACGAAGGCCGCCGUGACUUCCAUACUUCAUACCAAGACCCUUCUUUUGAUCGGGACAGAGGAUGGAGCGCUGUUUGGCUACGGCGGAAAUGAGAAGGACUUAAGGCUCUUGCUCGAUGUCAAGUAUCGCGUGGAACGAUUACUUCUCUCUGAGACUGGCGGUGAGGUGGUGAUUGUUAGCAAGGUUGAUAUCAACAAGUUGGAUUUGAGUACUACGCAACCCACACCCAUUCGAGUUCGAAGCACCAGUAAUACAGUGAAAAUCCUGACUCUUGGAGGUCUGGUUGUGUUGGUGUGCUCAGACGGCACCUUGGUAAGGUACGACGGGACGAACAACACGGUAACGCGGUUCGCUGUGCAGUUGAAUGACAAGGCUCUGGAUGCAUGUACGAUUGGUUCAUAUCUUGUUGUUGCGUAUCAGAGUGGUUGUGCUCGCAGUUUCACUAUGAAUGCCGACGUGACACUUGUCUCACACACAAAGCUUGGUGAUGCGCCACUUUCACUUUGCACAUCCGACGAUGCCUCAUUUGUGACUGUUAGCGACGGCAAUGUAAUUCAUCUUAUCACGGUGGAAAACGGCUCUCUUUUUCCACAGGGGUCUGUGGAUACGUUUACUUCCAGUGUGAUGGUUCUUCGUUGGAUAACUGGUGAAGAGCGGUCGGUGUUAGCAGUCUGUAGUAAUGGUGAGGUGCAUCUCCUUCGUUGCUUUGACAGUGAUGGUGUGGAGCCUGCAACCAUGAUUGUAGACACCGUUUGGCGUCUUGACUAUCCUGUUCAUGACCUUCUGCCACUCUACUUUGACGACGACGUGGUAAACAUUCUGGUUCAUUCAUUGGACAAAGACACCAAGGUGUACGUAUUGGAGCGCCGUCGAGAAAGGGAUGCAAAGCCUUUACGACCCUUGUUUUUGAUGCGUGACCAUGAAAGCGGUGGUACUGUGCUUCAACGUUUUGGAGCCACAUGUGUAAUAUCCGGUGGUGGAGACGGCAAGGUAAUUGUGAGAGAUGUCUCUCAUUAUUUGCUAAAACUUACACCUAUUCCACCCUCCAAGGAAAAAAGACGACCACAGUAUGAGUUCCCUGUAAGGCCCAUGGGGAAAGGAGGGGUUACCUCUUUGUGUGUUUGGAAUGAUGGUGGUGGUUUUGUGUGUGGCGGGGGUGAUACUGUAGUGCAUCUGAUACCAAGCGGGGACACGGUUCAGUACUCUUGGACGGAACCCAUGUGGUGUGAGGAGAAUCUUUCAGGUUCUUUGGGAGCUGUUACUUCUUCAGUGGACGAGGUUGGUGUGGUGGCUGAGCAGUCCAGAUCCAAUGUGAUGUCUGCCUUGGCUGAGCUAAGGUUGGAGAUUGACAAGUUGCUCAUAGAAAGGAGCUCUGCCGUCCAUGUGGAAGAUUUUUUAUUGCCAGAUCAACGAGAGGUGUUUCGCUCAGAUUGCGAUUCAGCGAUACAACAAGCGAAGGAGGAUGACUAUUAUCAACUGCUCCUUAACGAGUUCACACAGCACACUAUCCGACGUGAAUGCUGGGACACAAUGGAGGUUCCCCGGUCAAAAAUUGUAAGUUUGAACACUCCUUCGCUUGAGGUUCACAAUUUUCAUCGCCGGAAGGCAGACCCAGAGGCAGAAAGCCUGCUAAAAAAGAUGAGGUUCAUGAGGAUGAUGCAAAUCAAAGAUGGGAGCUCCUUUACGUUUUCCUCCCUAGUAAAACGUACCCCAUCUGCUCCCCAGUUCUCGCGGUCGGACAUGAGUAUAGCCGAUGAUACAUUGACGUUGCUAUACGAUGCCCUUGACGUGUACACCAGCUCGCGUGCAGUCAUUCAAAUGGUCUUGCUCGGUGGGAGGAUAUCCGCGGUGAAGGUGGCAUUCAAUGCCCGCUUUGACAGUCUUCGCGAGAGAAAAAAUCGUGAGCUGCGCCGCAUUGAAGAGCGAAAUGAUCGCUGUAAACGCAUCAUGCGGCAGCUUGGGGAGUCCUUCACGUUGGCCGAUGUAUUAUUCACACCCCUCUUUGACAAGGAGGAGGACCCAACAACCGUUUUUGAAGUCUUUGACUCAGAGCUUGACCCAGAGUUGCUGAAACUGGCAAAGCAAGAAAACGAUGCAGCAUACGUUAUCUCUCCUUCCGAUGAGGCGGCGCUCAAGACGUGGAUGGACGGUCUUGAAAAGGACGCUGAGGUGCUUGCCGUCAAGGUCCCACUCCCCGCAUUCGCGGACGAGACGUCUGAACAGUAUGUUGUGCCUGAUGAACGGACGGAGGAGCAAGUGAAGGCCUACGAUGAGUACGAGAAGGAGCUUGCUGAGCAGACGGCGUACUACAAUGAACGAAAGGAUGCACUGCGCGAAGAGAUGGUGGGGUUGUUGAAGGCAAGCGUAGUCGCUGCAGGAAAAGUAGAUGAGGAGAUUUCUGCCUUGAGGAAGCAGCGUAUGGAGGUGUCGCAGUCAGUGGAUGAGCUGGAGUCCCAUCAGGUAAACGCACUGCGUCGACUUCUUCUCCAGUCAACGAUUCGUACUGAACUUCUGUGCCUCAUACGCGAAAAAAUAGAGUUACAAAACCGGUUGAAUCACCUUCAGAGUCUGGAAGCAUACAGGAGAAAGCUGCUGGUGACUGAAGAAUCAAAAUUACAGCAGUCUAUUGACGCAGAAAAAGCGCUUGCUGCCGAAAUGCGAGCCUCCCCACCUUUUAAUGACAAUGAGUGGGGGGAUAGAUUGUACAGACGUUUUACUAGGUGGCGCACUAAGUACGAAGAAGGUGUUGCAAAAGUUCCAGUUGUUGAACAGCCUGACACCGUUCCUGUCGCGCUUUGGGAGCGCUUCUGCGAUUGUUGCUUAACAAUUGUAAAAGCAAAAGACACCAUUGCUCGUAUUGCGGCGACGAUUCCAUCAUUUUCUGACGCCUUGGCCGAGGCAGAAGCAGAGGUGGUGAGGGUCCAUGAGAAUCUGGAACAAAAAGAAGCGGCAGAGGAAGCCUGCAGACAGGGUGUUACCCGAAGGAUUCUUGAUGUACAAAACCUGUAUUGCUUGCGGCAAGGACAGGUGCAGGACGAAGAUGCUGUGGUGAAUGCCGACUUCCUCAACUUCUCCUUCAGAUGGGCGAAGGACAUCCUGAAGUAUAAUGACCUGAUCUUUUCGAGUUUUGAUGAACUUCGCCGGCUUAUGGGUAAAAUAUCGCAGCAACGGCAGGCAAUGAAGCUCUGCUCGUGGGAGACAGAACGCUUGCAGUAUUGUGUGGGGACGCUAGAGAUGGAGCUUCGUCAGCUGCACACCCUGCGGGUCACAAGACAGAUGCAGGAGAGUAUUCACACCGGUGCCGGAGCCACACGCGAGGACGAAGUCGAUAAACUGAACCGACGAAUGGAGUAUGUCCGAUGUGUUAUGUCUAAAAAGGUAGAGGAACGAAACAGGGUUAUUACAAGACUAAAGAUGCAGAUUCAUGACCGAAACAUUGAAAACACACUCUUAGACAAUCAGGUUCGACAGGUGAGGAGUAUUGUGGACGACAAAAAAGUCGUCUGGGGUAUGCUGGGUGAGCACAACAAUGAGGAGACUCGACUUCAUGAGAGGAUGAGGGAGUUGUACGAGAACAGUGAGUUGGAGGAACUUGCGCGAUGCCAACAGGAAGAGUUGGUUCGCUUGAAACGCGAAAUCGAUCGUCUCCGGGAACGCACAUUUCCCUCAUUUGCCGUUGUCUCCAAGAAGACUGUAAAGUGA